AUGCUGUUUCUUCUCUUUUGUAUUACUGUAGCUGGUUCUGCAAUUCGACGAGAUGUGGAUAUAAUGGAAGCCAAUAAAGGAGUUGAAGGCCUUGUUGAGGGAGACAUCCGGAUGACUGACGAACAACUCCAGAAUCUCAAUGGAAACCGAGUUAAACGGCAGAUAAUAAGAUAUGGAACAUGGACAGGUGGAGUGGUUAACUACUACUUUGAAGACGCGUUUAGUCAAGCAAAACGAGAUUUGAUGAAAUAUGCCCUGGAGCAUAUCUCUAAUCGAACAUGCGUCAAAUUCGUGGAAAGUAGUACAGAAAGAAACCGAAUCAAAUUUGUGAGUAAAGGAGGUGGAUGUUCCUCUUUCGUUGGAAUGAUGGGUAUCUUCGUGCACGAGGUGAUGCACUCCUUAGGUGUACAUCACACCAUGUCUCGAUCCGAUCGGGAUGAGUAUGUCACCGUGAAUUUCACAAUGAUCCCGGAAAGAUACCUUCACAAUAUGCAAAUUGAAUAUGGCACCUUCAACGCAGUUCCCUAUGAAUAUGGAAGUGCGAUGCAUUAUAGAGGAAGUUCACUGGGAGUAGGAUCACUUACAGCAAAGCAGUUGAGAUAUCAGAAGACCAUGGGAAAUAUGCGUAUCUCGUUUUAUGAUAUGGUGAAUAUCAACACUUUGUACUCAUGUAGUUGUGCAAUGAAUUUGGAUUGUAAGAAUGGAGGAUACACGAAUCCGUCGAAUUGUGAUAAAUGCGUUUGUCCUGCUGGGUAUGCAGGGCGGCUGUGUGAUGAAGCGCCACCCGGCGCCCUCCUCUACACGGCCACUCCAAACUGGACUGAAGACUUCAUCGAGUUCGGUUAUAACGAUGGCUCUUACACCAACACCUACCUUAUGGCUUAUGCUUGGAUCAGCGCCCCAGCUGACAAACAAAUUGAAGUAAAAAUCCAGCAACUUGUCAAUGUUUCCUGUUUCGACAGUUGUGAUGAUAAUGGAGUGGAGGUGAAAGUCGAUGAGGAUCCGAGAAUUGUGAAUCCGAUAUACUGCUGCAAUACCGACACAAGUAUGAUGCAGACCGUGGUGCUGAGUAAGCUGAACCCAACUCCGAUUGUUAUGCAUCAAAGGAGGGGGAAGAGUGGAGUGACAAUCAGCUAUAAAUAUGUAGAUACGCCGCCAGUCACAACGACGACCAUUACCAGUACCACGACGAAGCCACCUACUCAGCCAACCACCACAACUAAAACAAGGACUACUCCUCCACCAGCACCUACAACUCGAUCACCUACAACAGAAGAGCCAGAAACUUCAUGCCAAUGCACUGAGGAGUGUCACUUCACAUCUACCGAAACAGAGACAUGCCAGUGCACCACCUCUACUGAGGAGACAUUUGAGAAUGAGGAAUGUGAGAAGGAAGCUGGAACCAUACAUAUUGGAACUGAAUGUCAGGCUAACAAUACUGCUAAAUGCAUUGGCUGA